UUGCGUUUUGCGUUUUUCGCAAUUGCCUUUUGCGAUCACCCCUGCCCCGGACUGCUUCGACUCUAAAUCCGAAACCUGAUCCAAAGAAAACUACAACCCAACCUAACUUUUUUCUUAAUUUUUUUCAACAUCCAACUUUUUAUAACACAUCUUUCUGAUUGGGGAUAACAAAGAAUGGGAGUUUGCCGAUCACUACCCUUCUAAAUACAUAUAGCAAUUAACCAGUUUCUGGUCUAUUUAAAUAUUUUUAAGGAUCGAAUUUCUUUUUUGGAUGAAUUUUUUUGAAUUUUAAAAACUAUUUUUGGAUUUUUUGAAAAAAAAAGAUAUUAAAAAUUUUUUUUACAAUUUUUAUGACGCACUGACCUUCACCCCUCUCUCUACCCCUUCAAAACUAAAAUUAUUAUUACCCACAAAAACCCCCCAUCUGUCCUUUCAUUUCAUUUUUCUUUCCUUAAUCUAACCCUCCUUUCUCUCUCAAAAUUUUUAUUUAUUUAUUCAUGACCGCCAAUCUCUUCCAUCCUCUUCUCUCAUUUAUUUCCUCUCUAUCCAAUUCCUCCUCAUCGUACCACCCAUUUCCUCCUCCCCUUUUUUUCCUCGAUGCGGUUGAAAAUAGGGCAAAAUGCUGCUUAAAUAUUGUAAAAAUAAAAAAAUUUUUGUUGUGUCUGUCUGUACAAAGGAACAUUAAAAAAUAAAUAUUUAAAAGGGCAAAAAAGACAGUCAUUGUUGGUGAC